GUGAAACUAUAAAAGUACAAGUGUGAAAAAUGUGUGAAAGAAAUAAAGUUCAAGUGUGAAGAUAGUGACAGAAGUAGAUGUGGCGAGGGAGGGGCUGCAGAGGCCCACGGGUCAAUGGUACCACUGGCGGUGUUCCUGGCACUUGCUUCCAUAAUCGGCACGACCGCACCAGCUGAUCAUGGCCGCAAUCUGAGCCCUGACCACGAGCACGGGACCAAUACUAGGCUAGCACACUUACUGUAUAGUAAACACGCCAUGACACAUUAUAGAAAAAAGCGGGACACGUCAGACGACCCGCGAUGCGCGCCGUUCAUGUAUGAGCCCGGGAAGCGGGCGCUGACCAACCCCAUGAACCCCGAGGACCAGGGCAAGCCGAGCGACAAACUGACAUACUCCAACCAUACCACGUGCAUCACUACUAUAGAUGGUGAGUACAUGUCCAUCUUGCAUCGGUUUCCCCAUCACUGA